AUGGCAGAUAACGAUCCAUCGCAAUACUCCGCAUUCCAGUCUCUACCCCAGUCCCAAUCGCAACUUACCGAAAUAGACCACGAUGCGGCUGCAUCGCCCGCCACGGCCGCAGCGAAUGGCGGCGGAGACGGAAGCAGCAACUACGUCCCCCGUCCCAAGCGUAUCGCAUGCGUCGUAUGCCGGAGAAGAAAACUGAAGUGUGAUGGGAAAAAGCCUAGCUGCGGGACUUGCUCGAGACUGGGACAUGCAUGCGCUUACGACGAAGCGCGCAAGAAGAGCGGUCCUAAGCGGGGGUAUGUCAAGCAGUUGGAAGCGCGAUUAGCCCAGGUUGAGGUUUUGCUGAAUGGCCAGGAGUCAACAGCAUUACCGGCGCCCCAGACACUGCCCCAAUCCCAGGAGAACGCGUUUGAUGCCCCUAUGUCGAAUAGUACUCUGCCGUCCGAUCUCACGUCGAUUCCCGCAAUUCCAGACGUAGUUGACCGUUGCAUUGUAUCGGGGGAAAUAGCUACACAAACCCAGCCUGCCCGGGGAUACCUACCAGAGCAAGGAUUUAACACGACGGGUAAUUCCACGUGGGACAUGAUCAGUUUGGGGUUAGAGGAGUCACUUCCUGACCAGAAUGUGAUUGAUGAAUUACAUCAAAUCUACUUCGAAAAAGUCCAUCCCUCGAUACCAGUCGUUCACCGUCCAAGAUACUUGGCGGCUUCGAAUUUGGCCCCGAGCCUACGACCUCCUGUGUACUUGCAAUAUAUCAUGUGGUGCCACGCGGCGUCCAUCAACGAUAAAUACCACCAAUUGCACGGCCACUUUUACCAGCGAGCGCGCAAAUAUGCCGAACUGGAGGAGAUGAAGGGACUUGGGGAAAACAUACUUUCUUUGGCCUACUGUCAAACUUGGCUGUUGAUCGCAACAUACGAGUCUAAAAUGCUGUAUUUCCCUCGCGCAUGGUUGAGCACUGGAAGAUGUGCGAGAAUGGCAUUAAUGAUGGGAUUGAAUCGGCUGGACGGAGCUGGCCUUAACGUCAAGCAAUCAUUACCACCACCUAAGGAUUGGACCGAGCGAGAAGAACGAAGAAGGUUAUUUUGGAUGAUAUUCUGCUGUGAUCGAUACGCCAGCAUUGGGACUUCGUGGCCUAUGGCAAUUGACGAGAGAGAUAUCAUGACAAAUCUCCCUGCCACCGAGGAUUCGUUUAUCAAGAGCAAGCCACAGCGGACAUUACGUCUCGCGGACGUAUUAACAGGAGAGGGCAAUGCAACUUUGUCGCCAUUAGCAAGCGUCGUGUUGUUGGCAGCGCUUUUUGGAAGAAACCUCACUCACCUUCAUCGCCCUGACCCCCAGGACAACGAUUAUGACCUCAAUGGAGAAUUUUGGAAACGCCACCGAUCGUACGAUAACCUGUUACUCAACAUUGCUUUGCAGCUUCCUAGUCAUCUCCGAUUACCAGCAGGAAUGGACGAUCCGAACAUCAUAUUCAGCAACAUGUGUAUACAUACGUCCACGAUUUGUCUGCACCAAGCGGCGAUAUUCAAGGCAGAGAAGAACAAAAUGCCCAGUCAGAUGAUCAUAGAAAGCAAGCGAAGGUGCAUUGUGGCUGCUGAUCAGAUUGCGAAUAUUAUGAAGCUGAUCAGCCAUAUGGAUCUCACUAUUAUGAACCCAUUCUUAUCGUUCUGCGUGUACGUCGCCGCGCGUAUCUUCGUGCAGUAUCUUAAGUCGCGGCCAGAUGAUUCUUUGGUUCAAUCUUCAUUGCAAUUUGUCAUGUCUGCUCUCAGAGCUCUGAAGAGCAAAAAUCCCCUGACGGAGACAUUUCUCGUUCAAUUGGACGUUGACACGGAGGGGACAGCCUUUCAGGGCGUUCAAACUCAAAAAAAUCGAGACGGUCAUGGCAAUCAUUGUGCUCCAGGAUUGGAAGUCUGCGCCCCUGAAAAUAUUGCAGAUUGUCCAGCUUUUCUCGGUCUUCCCGACUCCCACUCCGGAGAUGCGUCUGAGAAUGCUCCCCAGAGUAGAGCCAGCGAUCCCAGCCUCAAUCACAACUCAAUUCCAAACCAAUAUAAUCACGAUGGAACGCAGCCCAACCUGAACGCAGGUUUCAUCAGACCAUCUCAUAAUUUCGACCCGGAAAUUGAUACGACGGCAAGAGCAAUCAUCGACAUGGACGCUGCGCCAAACCUCAUAUUGAAUGACGACAGCAACACACCAUCAAAUCACCAGUCCCCAUCAACGUUAAACUCAAUGUCCAGGACAGAAGACCCCCCGCCACAAAAACUAUCUCCCCCUAAUACCGACCAUAGUACACAAAUUCCGAUGAACCCAUUAAACAUGCCAUCAUCUGUUGGUGGCGGUACGGACCCCAGUCAAUUCAGUAACCCUUCGUCGCUUGCCAGGCACUUAAAUCAGGACACCGCGCCAUUCUACUCCACUAGGCCUGGGACGUCGUUCUCCAUACCAUCGCCCUCAGCGUGGGACUUCGCAAAUUCGCAGGCCGGUGUUUCUAGCCCAGGGAAUGUUACUUCGGGGCCAACGGAUUCUUACGCUGAAGCACAAUUUGCGCAGUUCAUAUUGGACACGACGUGGCGAGGUUGA